AGAGAACUUCUGGAAAAACCAGCUUGUAGGGCACGUCAACCUGACAACAGUGUAAAGUAGCAUCAACAGAUUUAUUUCAUUUUUCACCGUGACACUUUCCCACAGUUAAUCGGAGCUACGGACGUUACUUUAUUUCGACGACCUCGGCGGAAGCAAAGGUCACUGGUAAUAGAAGACAAAGUAGUGAGUGACCUGUGACUUCUGCCAAAUCAAUGCAGGGAGAAAUGAUUUACAGGUGGGAGGAGAGUGUCAGGGUCUUCAUUUUGAAGGGGUUUUAUCUAAGGUCUCCGAACCACAGAGACUCACUCUGGUCCCAUCAUGGCUGCGCUACACAUCAACACAGUCUGCUUGAUAACCUCGCUGUGGGCGCUCGCUGCGUUCGGACAGGAACUCCACGUGAUCUCGGAGACAGGCGGCACGGAUUAUGGAUAUUACUACGAUUAUGCCACUGAGAGUCCAGCAGGAGAUCUCGAUUUGUCAGAUUAUGACUGGUUGUACGACCUCCUGGAUGUCUCAGACGAGUGUGAUCCAAACCCGUGUCUGAACAGAGGCGUCUGUGAACACCAGGCUACCGGGGGCUUCAUGUGCUCGUGCCCUGAGCCCUACACAGGGAAGAAGUGUCAGAAUGUCAAAGACGUUUGCAGGAAUGUGAAAUGUGGCCACGGCAGCUGCGUCCUCACGUCCACUGCUCCCUUCUUCGAGUGCAAGUGCAAACCUCCAUUCCGACCACCCAGCUGCACCAAAGCUGCUCCCUGCAGACCCAGUCCCUGUCAGAACGGAGGCUCCUGCAUGAAGGGCCCCAAACUCUCUUCCUUCACAUGUUCCUGUCCUAACGGAUACACUGGCCGAUUCUGCGAAGUGGGUCCAAAUGACUGUUACCAAGAGGACGGAGAGUUCUACCGCGGCAAGGUGAGUGUCACUGCGGAGGGGGAGGAGUGUCUGGACUGGAACUCCUACUUCAUCGCGCAGAGCAGGGGGGAUCCCUUCCAAGAGUACGCAGGCUUCGAUGGAAUCGGGCCACACAACUACUGCAGGAACCCUGAUGGAGAUGAUCAGCCCUGGUGCUUCAUUAACAAAGAUGGCAAACUGAAGUGGAACCACUGUAACGUCAGGAAAUGUUCUGCAGUUCCAGCUACCAUACCAACCAUCCACGAAACAGAUCCGACUCCAGUCCAACCCAGCGUCCCUCCGGCCCAGUUCUCCAAGUGUGGAAGGCCUCAGCCCGGCCGCUCGUCCAGGAUCUUCGGAGGGAGGAAGUCUCAUCCUGGGGCUCAUCCAUGGCAGGUUUCCCUGCAGACCAGAACCAAAGGCUCCUCCGAACCUUUCGGGCACAUCUGCGGCGGCAUCCUCCUCGAGUCCUGCUGGGUCCUCACUGCUGCACACUGCCUUAAAAGUGGAGUGGAAAUGCAGGUGGUGCUGGGAGGAGUGGACAUAGAGAAGGACGAGGUAUAUGAUCAGGUCAUUCCUGUGGUGAAGGCCAUUAUGCACGAGGAAUACAGGGCGACCAACUUUGCUCUUUAUAAUGAUGUUGCCAUGCUUCAGCUGAGAGUCACAGACUCACCGUACUGUGCCAAAGAAACACGCUUUGUGAAGACAGCCUGUCUGGCAAACCAUCCCUUCAGCAGUGGGACGGAGUGUGUGAUCUCAGGAUGGGGUGCGACCGAAACACAGAAGUACGGUACCAACCAGCUGCUGGACGCUCGUGUUCUCCUGAUCUCCCAGGACAAAUGUAAAGCCCCCCACGUGUACGGGGACUCUCUGGACGACAGCAUGUUCUGUGCGGGCAACAUGAACGGAGGGGUCGACUCCUGCCAGGGCGACUCCGGGGGCCCUCUGGUGUGCGAGCGGAACGGGACGCACUACGUCGUCGGCGUGGUGAGCUGGGGCGACGGCUGCGGCAAGAAGCACAAGCCCGGUGUCUACAGCAACGUGGGCCAUUUCACCGACUGGAUCACUCAUCAUUUACUCUCCCAAUGAGAAUGAACCAGCGUGCUCUAUGCUGCCUCCUGUACAGAUGGAAUCUAACCCCACAACGAUGACUCUCCCUCCAGUACCUCAUUAGAUUACAUUUCAUUUAGCUGACGCUUUUAUCCAAAGUGACUUACAAUAAGUGCAUCAACUCCGAGGGUACAGACCCAGAACAACAAGAAUCAAGAAAGUACAAUUUCUUCAAAAUAAAACAAAACUACAAAGUGCUGUAAGUAAGUGUCAUUUAAGAGCUACUAAAGUGUUAGUUUCAAAGAGUUGUUAGUGUUUGGUUUUAUUCAAGGUAAAGUCGGAAGAGGUGUGUUUUUAGUUUUCGGCGGAAGAGGUGUAUACUUUCAGAUGUCCGGAUGUCGAUGGGGAGCUCAUCAAUACACAAAUCAUGUAUACCUCACUUUGGUAAAGUCACAUUUCAGUAACAAAAUAUUUCCCCAGGGCUCCAACGUCAUUAGAUAUAGUUACAAAGAGCCUAAAUGCAAACGUGGUUAACGACCCUGUGACGCCUGCAGGUGGAUGCCGAGGGAGUGAGGGUAAAUCUGCGAACUGAGAGGAUGACAGUUCAAAAAUACAAGUUAUUGUCAUACUCUGGGAUUUCAGUAAUUAAUGGUUGGUUUUGUGAGAUUUCAGUGAAAUGCCAAGGAUGAAAUAUGCAAGUUUAUUUGUAUGUUUUUGUCGUUUUCUAACAAACAGCAGAAACGGUGCUAUGGCAAUUUUACGCCGUCGUCAGGAAUAAAGAGUGAAUCAAACAAA